AUGCACAAGUCACUCAUCGCUUUGUUUGUCCUCUGCACGCUUAACGGCGCCCUUGCUGCCGGAGACUGGCAAUUCCAAAUCACCAACAACGCCGGCAAGGUUUACACCAUCCCCGCCUAUGGCAAGAGAGAGUGCAUCUGCCUCGAGACCUCCCAGACCAACAAGAUCAAGAACACCAACGGGGGAGUCAUGAAGUUAUUCUCGACCCAUGACUGCACAGGCAACUUUGCUGUGCUUAACAAGGGAUCGAUGCGCUCUAACGCCCAGUGGGUGAACAGUGCUUCUAUUGGUAAGGACGGCUUCCCAUCCACUGGCCCUAACCACUGCGAUCCAGUUUACUAA